AUAAUACCUUUCUACGACAUUUUGCUCAGCAAAAUUCAUUGUCCAAGGAAAGGAAAAUUAUUGUCCAAAGAAACAUAAGACUUGCCUCACUACUCAUGGCAGUCCUUUAGGGGCAGGCAUUACAUCCCCGAAAUAUAAGUCUCUCCCUCAUCUCUGCUCAGUGCUCACAUCCAUCUUCUCCCCCAUCUCGCUAAAAUGGUUUCCAACGCCAAAACCAUAGCUUCGGAGCUUGUACCGGUCCUCAGGGUUUACCAAGACGGCACCGUCGAACGCCUUGUAGGCUCACCCUUUGUUCCGCCAUCCCUCGAAGACCCAUCCACCGGCGUCUCAUCCAAAGACACCACCAUCUCGCCACCUGUCUCAGCUCGACUCUACCUCCCGAAACUCUCGCCGCCCGCCAACCAACAGAAGCUCCCCAUCUUAGUCUACUUCCACGGUGGAGGUUUCUGCAUCGAAUCCGCCUUCUCCUCUCUCUACCAUGACUCCAUGAACUCCUUAGUCUCUCGAGCCAAAGUCAUUGUCGUGUCGGUCGAGUACAGGCUGGCCCCUGAGCACCCUGUACAGGCAGCUUACGAGGACUCUUGGACCGCUCUCCAGUGGGUCGCGUCGCACUCACUUGAAGACACCAUCGACAAAGAUCCGUGGUUGAUCGAAAACGGUGAUUUUGAUAGGGUCUACAUUGGUGGCGACAGCGCAGGAGCUAAUAUUGCACACAACCUGACCAUUCGAGCGGGCGCUGAGGGCCUGUUUGGAGGAGUUAAAAUUCUGGGAGCUUUUCUUGCUCACCCAUACUUCUGGGGCUCGGUCCCAAUUGGGUCCGAGUCGGUUUCGGCUCAUGAGGAGAAUCUGUUGCACCGAACGUGGGCUUUUGUGUAUCCUGCUCCGGGUGGCAUGGAUCACCCGAUGAUCAACCCGUUCGCUCGCGACGCCCCGAGCUUGUUGGGGAUCGGGUGUUCUCGGCUGCUCGUUUGCGUGGCGGGAAUGGACGAUCUGAGGGAGAGAGGAAUUCGUUACGCCCAGGCAGUGAGAGAGAGCGGGUGGGGCGGAGAUUUGGAGUUGUUUGAGGUUGGAGGAGAGGGUCAUUGCUUCCAUAUACUAAAUCCUGGAUCUGAUAGUGCAAAGAAUAUGGUGAAUCGUUUGGCUUCUUUCCUGAAGUAGAUUUCUUUUCUUCUUCUUGUGGUGCACAUGAAUGAAUAGCAACACUUGUUCCCAACGUUGGAAGUGUUUUUGGUUUUGUUUAACCUUCUGUCUAAAACCAAGACUCUGUUUGGAACGUAAUGAAAGAAUAUUAUAAAUCAU